AAGCAUGGGGCACCAGAAGCACAGAUAAAGACGGCCAUGACACCCCUGAGAUGCACACACACAGUACAGUAUGCUCUCUGUCUCUUAUUGUCACUCAUACACACAAAGCCUAGCUGGGGUUUAUCAGCUGCUUGCUCUGGAAUACAUUUCCAGGCCUAACUGCCUGCUGUACAGCCGGUGCCUGGCCGUUUGCAGUGGCUACACUUACUGUUCGACCUCCGCCGUUUCGCUGCUGCCGACUCUUCGCUCGGGUCAGACACUCAAAUCUACAUGACCCACUUGCACUUUGAUAUCUUCUGCCACGACAGCUCCCUACCUGUGGCUCCGACCCUUUGACUGUCCUCCUCCUCAGCGCUUCGCUGCGAACGUUCCUUCAAAUGGUGACCCUGACGUGAUCCUGGAAGGGCAUUCGAUAAAAAGACAGCGGAGUGGACAGGGAUUCAAUUGGACUGCAAUCUCCCCGGUGCACCUACAGAAAAAGCACGAUGGAUUUCCAUCCUCAAUUCCGCUACCUGGCUUUCUCGAAACAGCUGACUCUGGAGUCUUCCAAGGAAGCCUCCAAGAUAGCCCGAGCCUCUAGGUCUGCAGCCACGGUCACGACCUGCAAAAUGGCGGAUCAGGUGACGGCGGACGCCAAGGCUCGUGUGGUCCAGGGUGGAGGAGACCCCGGGUGCUGGCAGCUGGUGCUCAGCGAGUGUGAGCUCCAGUUUGGUCAGUACCGGGGCCGGACCUUCAAGUGGCUGCUGAGCAAUGACGUGGGCUACGCCUGCUCCAUCCUGGCCUCUCACCAGAAGGAGCGGGACGGCGGAGACACGUCACAGUCGCCCCUGGCUCGGAACAAAGACGGCCUGGCAUCCUACGCGCAGCUGUUCCUGGACAUGUCCCUGGCCGUCCGCAACCGCAUGAUGCUCAUGGGCGCGCCGGUGGUCAGGGAGAUGGAUGACAAGCUGCUGGAGUUCGGGGAGUACCGCCACGAGACCUAUCGCUUCCUGUACGACUCCCCCGGCGAGGAGCAUCGAUCAUACGUGGCAUGGAUGAGGAAGACCAAGGUGUUCCAGGGCUCGCGGCUGCACUCCUUCCAACAGUACAUCCUGGGCCGAGACAGACAGGCCAAGUACAACGCAGGAGAGGGUGAGCCGUCUGACCAGCAGCUAAUGGAAGCCGCCGCAGAAGUCGAGUCUCAGCAUGAUGUCUGAGGAACCGUCAGCAGCCGCCUCAACCUCCGCCGCGUCCGCCUCUGGCGUAGGUGCACUUGCCAGAGGGCAGACAGCUGGCACAGAGUCGACCCCCGGCACAAAGGUAGGCAUUGCAACUUAUUACCAGAGUGUCG